CUGUUGUUGUUUCGUUUGUGUUUCUGAGCUGGAGGUCCGGUGAAAAAGAGGGGGUAAAAUGGAAAGUGAUUGCAGCAAUGGGAACUGGACGGAGGAAGUGGAGGACCUGGUCCAUGGCGGAGAGAUAGACAAGGCCAUCUCUGUUCUUGAAACUGUAAUGUCAAAGCUAGAGAAGAAACCCCAAAAGGGCUCUUCUUCUUCUUCUGAAUUGGCCGCUGCUCUUUUGGACUUGUCUAAACUUUACUCAUCUAAAGGUCUAUCUCUCAAAGCUGAUCAAACUCGCUCUCUUGCAUUCCAAAUCAAUUUACAAUCUCAAUCUACUGGACUGCCUACAAAAGGAGGUUUAAAUGUAGUAAAGGAGUCAUCUUGUGAUGGAAUUACAGAAGGCCAUAAUAAACGAAAUGAGGCUUCGACUUGUGGUCAAAUUUCUGAAGAUGAAUAUCAGCAGGAAUCUUCAAGCUUGCUGAAGGAUGUGGCAGCACAAGAAGGCGGUUCUGAUGAUGAUUGGGAAGUUGCUGCAGAUCGUGCUCCGGAUGAAUUACUUUCACCUGAAAGCUUGCUGGAAGUGUCAAAGCUUUCAUUGGAAGAUGCCCAAGUUCAAGGUCUGAAGAGACGUGGACGGGGAACAUUUUCAUAUGGGAGACAUGGCAUGUAUAGUGAUAAGCAAUCAAAUUAUCCAGUGAUUGACGAUGCAGAAGACAAAGCUGAUUCCCGGUCAUCAACAGCGGAAAAUGCAAAAAAAGAUUGGAAUUAUGGUACAAGGCAUGUUCUUGUGCUGGCUGACUUCCCUCCAAGCACAACCACCAGUGACCUGGAGAAGUUGUUGGAGAGAUUCAGGGAUCAAGGAGUUGCGAUUCGUUGGGUUAAUGAUACAGUUGCACUUGCAGUAUUCAGAUCACCAUCAACUGCUCUUGAGGCAAGCAUGUGCAUGCAGUGUCCAUUUACAGUGCGUGUACUUGAUGAGACUGAUGAACUCUUGAGGUCCAUUCCAUUGAGAGGCAUAGCAUGUCAUCUCGUUCGACUGUCAGCAUCCAUUCAUUGGCUUCAAAACCAGCUACUUUCUCUGGACCCAAACAUUACUUUGGGAAGCACAGUACAACUGCUGAUAUUAUUCAAAAUCAAGUCUGAUUUGAAGCUUUCGCAUGUAUGGAGCAAAGAAACUUUCCUAGUAUAUAUGAGAUCCUUGGUUGGCUGGUAGCCAGCUUGAAUUUCAAAAUUACAUGGGUUGCCAAAGCACGACGGGUGCAAAUUUGACUUUCUUUUGCUGUUCACUAAGAAAUUUAACAUUGUUGGACGGUAGUUACUAUUGAAGAGGCCUGUCUAGAAGCCUAUCUCAGAGAGAGAGAGAGGGUGAGAGGAUUUGUUUGUGGAGGAUAAUUUGCAUUUGCAUUUCUUGAAAAACUUUCUUCCGCUGACUGCGGCUUCUGAGUAAAGCUUAUGUGCUGACUUAGC